CAAUCUCCAUCUCAAAGCAAACUCUUGACACCGGAGAAUCUCAAAGCUGAAAUUAAAGAAGACUCUGCCACUCACGCUAAAACUGGAGACUAAUGUGAAAGUGAAGGUCGGUGGCCUGAAAACCAAGACACCCAUCAUGAAAGUGAAGGUCGGUGAACGCCGGUGGAGCAAACCCAUCGUUUCCGGCCACCAAUGUUCAACACUGCAACGCCACGCACCCUAUGUACCGCCCGCAACCGUUGCCCCGCCGCCACAAGCGGAGUUGCUGCUGUUCUUGCUGUCUCUGGACCACGUUUCUCGUCAUCCUCGCCGCCAUCGCCGACAGCAUUUUCUACGUCCUCUACCUCCCUGAACGACCCACUUUCUCCGUCAACUCUCUCCACCACUCCCAAUUCAACCUCUCUGCCACCACCCUCACCUCCAAACUCAACAUCUCCGUCUCCGCCUGGAACCCCAACAAAAAAUCACAUAUUUCUACGGCACAAAAAACACCACCACUCUCAAAACAACAAUCUCCACCUCAAUGCAAACGUGGCAACGUGGGUAGCUUGAGCCACGUAGCGAUGGAGGAGGAGCUGAAGGCGAUGAUUUGGGAGGUAGCCGGUGACGGCGACAGCUUCAUCGACCUCCGAGAGUUCAUCGAGCUCAACACGCAGGACAUCGACUCUGAGGAGAUGUUGCGCAACCUCAAGGACGCCUUCUCCAUCUUCGACAUCGAUAAGAACGGCUCCAUCUCCGCCGAGGAGCUCCAGAACGUGAUGCACAACCUCGUCGACGACUGCUCCAUCGCCGAGUGUCGGAAGAUGAUUAGCGGUGUCGACCGCAACGGCGAUGAGAUGAUCGAUUUCGAGGAGUUUAUUUAGGGUAAAGAGGGGACCAAAAAACCCCUGUAUUAGACGGUUGCUUGACAGAAAACUUACGGGUGGACUAAAAGUGGCAAACUCUGAAUAACAGUAGUCGCAAUGUGGCAAAAAUUAAUAAAGUGGCCUAAAAUUGGAAAUGCUCCAAUAACAGUAGAACCAAAAAAGGAAUUUACUCUAAAAGAUUACUUCAAUAUAUAAUGUUCACAUACAUUAUUACCAUUGAAUAAUAUAAGAAAAUAUAUUGUUUAUGCAUGUACAUGGUAAUAAUGAUGAGAAAGAUAACAGAAGUUAUAAUGGUAAU